AUGGGGAGGGAGCGAGAUUGUAAAAGGGAAUACAAAGCUAAGCGCUACGUGACUCUUCUCAACACUCAGAUCAGGUUGGCCGUGUCUUCUCAAGAUUUGCAGUCUCACAGGUCAUGCCAGCGUAGCCUCAUAGGAAAAGAGAAAAGGUCACUUAAAACAAGUCAGCAGGUUAGUCACAAGGAUACGAAGAGGGAAGAACGAGGAGUCAGGGAAUCGAUGAAAUAUCGACAAAUGCGGGCCCACCCAUUUUGUACACUAGGGCUUAAUGGACCCGUUCCGUCCGCCCAUCGAAGGGAAUUCAUCAUUCAGGGAGAGGUGCUAGAG